UUCUAUCUAUCUAUCUGUUAUUUAUAUCUGUUGUAUGACAAUUAAGAAAGCAAGUAAGAACUUUAUAGUCGUGCUGGCGUUAUCUGUCAAAAACGAGCUGACAGCCCCUGACAUGUGACAGAGAAAGCCCCAGGAGAUUUAAAGAAUCAAUCUCUGUUAGAAAUGUUAUCAAUACUAUGUCCAUUCUUUGUGUUAUAGGAAAUGCUUGUGCAUAGAAUAGAUCCAAACAGAAAGUGUGUGCAAGUGGAAAAAAACUAGAAAAUAGCGGAAUCUAGAUAUAGGAAUCUUGCAUCAGUCAAUCAAUUUGGAUUCAUUAAGAGGCCAUGACUCUCAAUGUUGUUGUUGUUGUUGCUCCCCCAAUCAAUAGCAUUUCAGACGUUCUUCGAUCGAAAUCAAUUGGAAGCUAAAAUCUUCUCCAGAACGCAAAUAUUUAGAUAAGUAAAUAUGUGAUGAUGUACUAACCAUCGUAGAUGCACACAGAUACAUCCCAGGAUACAUCCCCCGAUGAGAUAAGCACCCCCAUUCAUUUCAACAUCUUCGAGUGUCGUACAGCGAGAACCCCACCGUCAUGGAGAAGAAUGAGAGGGCACAAAAGCCCCCAAAGAAGAAGGCCGCAACGAUCUUGAGUGGAAUCGAAGUAGUACCAGCGCCAGAGGCAGCCCCAAAUCCAACGACAGCCGGUGGAAGGGCAAGGGGAACCUGCCCCUGUCCCCCGGCUAGUGGUGGGACCAUUGCGGCUUUGGUGAGCGGUUUGCACCACUCGGGGGCACGUGGCUUCCAGUCGCUGCCCCAGCCACUGCUCGAAUGCGAGGAGCGGGCCCUGGCCAUCAAGCAACACCUCAGAGGGCAUCGGGGCCAUGGAAUUGAGGCGUCUCCCCACGAGUCCAUGCCGCGAUUUAUAGUCGAUAUCGAGGAGGAGCCAUCGGAGUCGUCGCAGAGUAUUGGAGGGCAGGAACACCAGGAUCAGGAACACCCAGAGCAAGAGCAUAGUGGCGGUGGCGGUGGCGCUGGCGGUGGUGGUGCCGGCGCGAGCUCCUCUCGACGCUUCAGUCACUUCAAUCUGGCCCUUCGUCGUUUCUCCCACAUCCAUGUCCAUAACAUAAAUCGCUACGGAGAAUCCAUGGGUUCGCUGGGACAUCGCGCCUUGCUGCAGUUCAUCGAUAAUAAUGAUAUCUCCGGGCUGCGCGCCAUCCUUGACAGCCGGCAUCUAAAAAUCGAUGAUCGGGAUGAGAAUGCCACCACCGUGCUGAUGGUUGUGGCCGGGCGGGGUCUCACAGCAUUCGUUCAGGAAUUCCUGGCACGCGGCGCCGAUGUCCAGGCCGAGGAUCUGGACUGCUGGACCGCUCUGCUGUGUGCCUCCCGCAAUGGGCAUUUUGAUGUCGUCCAACUUCUACUGGAUCAUGGCGCUGAGGUCGAGCAUCGCGAUAUGCGCGGUGCCAAGGUGAAUGUCGGCGACAAGUACGGAACCACAGCCCUCGUCUGGGCCUGUCGACGGGGCAACGUUGAGAUCGUGGACACUCUGCUGAAGGCCGGUGCCAAUGUCGACACUGCUGGGAUGUACUCGUGGACUCCACUGUUGGUGGCAGCUGCCGGUGGACACACUGACUGCGUGAGUUCCAUUCUGGAGAAGAAGCCGAAUGUGAAUGCACUGGAUAAGGAUGGAAUGACGGCCCUGUGCAUCGCCAGUCGUGAGGGACUGGCCAUCUACACGGCCGUGGAGAAGGGCCACAUCCAGAUCGUGAAGCUGCUGCUAUCCACGAACCCCGACAUGGAGUCGUCCACCAAAGACGGCGACACACCGCUCAUGCGUGCCGUGCGCAAUCGCAAUCUGGAGAUAGUCCACAUGCUGCCUGACCGCAAGGCCAAGGUGAUUGCCGCCGAUAAGCGCGGCGACACCUGUCUGCACAUAGCCAUGCGGGCGCGCAGCAAGGCGAUAGUGAAGGCGCUCCUGCGCAAUCCCAAGCACAGCCAGCUCCUGUAUCGGGCGAACAAGGCGGGCGAGACGCCCUAUAACAUCGACAACCUGCACCAGAAGACGAUACUCGGCCAGGUGUUUGGGGCCAGGCGUCUCAACACCAACGAGGACUCCGAGGCAGAUGUGCUCAGCGAGCCCACGCUGACGACGCCCAUCAACGUCGGACUCUACGCCAAGUGGGGCAGCGGCAAGAGUUUCCUGCUCAACAAACAGAGCGACGAGAUGAACAACUUUGCCAAACAGUGGGCCGAGCCGCCAGCCAAAACCAGCGGCCUCCUGUUCAUCGUGUGUCUGCACGUGGCGUUGCUCAUCGGCACCAUUGUCGGGCUGUGCACCUGGUCGACGGUCUGCGGCGUGUCAUCCGCCGCAGCCUUCAUGCUGGUGGCCUGCCUGUUGCUGGCGGCUGUUAAAUACUGCAACUACCAGAUGGACAUGCUCUGGGCCUAUUCCGUGCAGCAUGGUCUGGAGAAGCGAAUGACACGUCUGCGCCUCAUCCUGCAGGUGGCAUUCUGCCACCCGCCUGGCCCCCAGUCCGACUCCCAAGCCAAGCCGGUGCGCUUCCACUUUGCGGAGGCCAACAGUGCAUCGCCGACGGGCGACGGAGCCGUGGCCCACAUGCUGGCGGCCCUACUGGGUGCCUUGGAGUCACACUACGGCUGGCUGGCCACCCGCCUGUACCGCGCCUUCCGCCCCAAGUGCCUCAAGGCGGACGUGGGCUGGCGCUGGCGGCGCAUUUGCUGCAUUCCCAUUGUCGUAAUCUUCGAACUGGCGCUGGUCACCCUGGUAACUGGCAUCUCCCUAAUCGUGGCCUACUUCACGUACGCCAAUGCCAAGGAGCGGGAGCAGAUCCAGGUGGUGCUCUAUGUGGUGGCCGCCAUUCUGGGCACCCUCAUCUGCACGCACCUGCAUGUUCUGGCCAAGGUAUGCGUCGCCCUGUUCACCUCCCACAUCCGGCAGCUGAAGGGAGCGGUGCGCACCAGCGAAACGGCACCCCUGACGAUGCUCGGCGCCGAGGUUGCGGUGAUGACGGACAUGGUCAAGUGCCUGGACUCGUUCACCAAUCAGCAGAGCCGGCUGGUGGGCGUGAUCGAUGCCCUCGACUCGUGCGACACGGAACGCAUCCUCACCCUGCUGAACGCCGUCCAGACGCUGCUCUCCACGCCGAACCGUCCCUUUGUGCUGCUCAUCUCGGUGGAUCCCCAUGUAAUUGCCAAGGCGGCGGAGGCCAACAGUCGACGCCUGUUCACCGAGGGUGGCAUCGGGGGCCAAGACUUCCUGCGGAACCUGGACCAUCUGCCCGUCUACCUGCAAAACUCCGGGCUGCGCAAGGUGCAGCGAGCCCAGAUGACCGCCCUGCUGUUCAAACGGCCCUGCUGA